AUGGUCAGAAUCUUCAACUUUCCAUCCCAUGCGCCCUCAUUUGUCUUUGAAUUCUACAAAACUUCCAACUCUACUCUGAGAUUGACUCUUCAUCUCAACAUCGCAAUGUCUACAGAUGCCAUCCCCAAGGGCGAAGUCCUGUACCUGCGUCGCCUGUGCUACCAACCGCCACGCUCUGCAUCAGCCCGCCAUUCCAGCUCGGAAAGCACUGGUGCCACCAGACCACCAAGCUUAACCGCCGUCUCCACCCGCGAUACAGACGAAGAUGCUUGCUUCUUCGCGGUUACAGACUCCCGGGAGGUAAACCGGGAGGAGCAGAGAUAUAUCAGCGAGAUACACCUCGAACACCCGGAACUCUUGUCAACGCUGGCUUCCUCGACCAACAAAGGGACCCAUCCAUCCUCCUCCGACAGGCAGCUGGACUGCGCAGGCCAGGAAGUCGUCAUCGGAUCUGCCACUGAGCUGGACAGGAUGAUCACCGGGAACUACGAGAGCGACGGCUCAGGUGCUGCCACCUCUGAGACCCCCUCCUCUCCCAGCUUCGACUCCCGCUUCAGGGGCAGCGACAGCUUUUCUGACGCCGAGUCACUGGCCAAGGAGGUCCUUUCCCUCAUCAGGGAGUCUGCCGAGAGGUCUGUGGCAGAGCCUCUCCGUGAGGAACUGGGCUACGUUACUACGUGGCUCAAGAUCUUGGCUACGGAUCACAAGCGGGCCCAAGGUCAAAACCGCUUCCUGGAUGAUUCAAUCCGGUCCGUCGAAGAGAACACCGAGAAGAUGUCCGACGCAGUCAACAACCUCCUUCCCCUCGGUCCCAUGGUCAAUCAGCUUUCCGACGUGGUCCCCACCGUUAAGCAACUCUCCGGCAUAGCUCCUGCUGUCGAGCAACUCUGCGACGUGGUCACCAACCUCCCUGUGGCCAUCCAAAGAAUCACCGCACAGGCCGUCUGCCACGAGACGUCAGAGGCGAUAUACAAGAUCAUGCAGGCGCAGCAAACGGCCAUGGUGGCACUUGUGGACAGGGAGGCUGAGAUCAGGGCAUCGGCCUCUACAGCGGUCGCAAUCGACUACCAUCUCCUCUCCUCCAUGAUUGUCGUCAACAUGAACAGGCAGGCUUCCCGGGAGAGCGACCCGCUGUCACUUCGUCGGGGAGUUUUCGGGAGGGUAUGGAGAAGAGUCUUUGGGAGAGGGUGA